GUCGGAAAUUUCAAAUGUGCCUACAAUGGGUGUGCAAAAACUUGACAUCUAAAAAGCAGCUGCAGGCAAGGCUGGGAUUUCGCGCCGCAUGCAAAAACACGACGUUCUUAAUUCAUUCUUCAGUUAAUUGCAGUCGUGUUCUUUGCAUCUACAUAUAUUCACAAUUUCCGGAAUUUUAUAAAGAAAUAUUAGUUGAAAAUGUCGCUUGCAUUUCAAAAUGCAGAUUCUGUUAAACAGGCGCUCUUUGAAGAGUUACAAAACUUGCUGAGCUCUGAUACGAGCGUACUGCAAUCAGCUGAACAAAAAAUCAAGCACCUGGAAUACACCGAAGGUUAUGGCGUUUACUUAUCCGAGUUAAUAAUGAAUCAAUCUUUCGAUUUGCCAUUGCGGCAGAUUGCUUGUAUUAUGCUGACCAGAUACGUCGAGAAUCAUUGGUGCGAUGGCGAUGAUGUAGCUACGGAGCAAGCAAAGCGUACAAUUCGAAAUAUUUUACCUAAUGGAUUGUACGAUCCCAACUCAAAAAUACGUUCUUCCGUGGCACAUACAAUUUCCACCAUUGCAAUGACUGAUUGGCCAACCGUUUGGACGGAAUUAUUUGAUAUUAUUAUUAAGUGUUUGGGCGGCAAUGAGGAUUCGAUACAUGGUGCCAUGCAGAUUCUACAAGAUUUUUCAUAUGAUGAAAAGCAAGUGAAGGAAUUGGGGCCUGUUGUCAUAUCUGAAGUUUAUCGUAUUUUUGAAUCGGAGCAAAACUACACCAUUAAAACACGUACAUCGGCAAUAAAAAUACUAAAAUCGCUUUUCCUAUCCAUUAGCAUAAACAUUGCUGAUAAAAAUGAGCAAGCAACAAUGAUGAAUUCCAUUUUAAACAAUUUCAUGGAAAAGCUAAUGCACUACCUGGCAAUGAAUAGCGGCGCUACAUCAAACUUUAUGCUGAGGACGGAGAUUGUGAAAUUGCUCACGUUCCUGGUGACUGAGAUGCCAAAGUAUAUCCAACCUUAUAUGGAGCGAAUUCUGCCAAUCAUAUGGCAGCUACUUACACAAAUCGCAGAUGUUUUUGUAAAAGUAACAGUUAACCAAAUCGAACCGAAUCCGUUCCCUGUAUCCGAAUCUGUAGAAGACGAUGAACUCACUAACUUCUCAACAAUGAUUAUACAAAUAUUUGAAUUUAUACAGUGUAUUAUUUGUGCACAAAAAUUCCGUUCUGUUAUUAAAAGUGUGUUGACUGACUUAAUUUAUAUUGUGAUUGUUUACAUACAAGUGCCUGAGGAACAAAUCGAAGAUUGGAAUGAUGAUCCUGAAAAAUUUGUAGAUGACGAGGAGGAAGGUGGUGUUGAAUUAACGAUUCGUUUAUGUGGUCAAGAUGUUUUGAGCGCUCUUUGCGAUGAACUCGGCGCCAAAGUAUUGCCAUCAUUGCAAGAAGCACUCGGUCGUCAUAUGAAUGUGGCAGAGGCUGAAAAAAGUGCACGUAAUCCCAAUUGGUGGAAAAUACAAGAAGCUUGCAUGGUGGCGGUGCAUGCAUAUCGAGAACUUAUACUAGAGACUGAAGAUCAAUUCGAUUUAUUAAACUAUCUUACGCUCGUACGCAACUUACUGGAUUACCAAGACUCUGCUCAUCUCGUUGGACGCGCCUUGUGGACAUUGAGCACUUAUUCAAAGUCAAAACUUUACAAUCCGCAAAUGUUGGAAGAAAUUUUAGUGGCAACAAUGCAAAGUUUGUCCCCUGAAAAAUCCAUUGUUUUGAAGAUUAGUGCAGUGAGGGCUAUACACGGUUUUGUGCAAGCGCAUGAAAAAUCGGAAGGUGAUAAACGUGCAUUGAUACAAGCAAAGCUACCCGGUUUCGUUGACGGUAUACUAGAAGUGAUACCCGGUUGUAAGUCAUCAGUUCUAACACUUGUGCUGGAGUGCUUGACUACAAUCAUAACCUUUGAUCCUUCAUUUGCUGUGCAAGCGCAAUCUAAGCUCAUACCAUUAACAAUCGCUGUGUUCCUAAAAUAUCCAGAAGAUCCCUACAUAUUGGAGAUCGUACAAGACCUCAUUAAAGCGCUUUUACAAAAUCCGCUCUGUCUGGAGCCGUUGCAAGAAAAAUUCAUCCCAACUAUUGUUAGCAUACUCUCUUUGCAAGGUGAUCAAGCGAACACCGCAAAGCAAGAUAUUGCCCUGGACGUAUUGACUACAAUUGUGCGAUACUCGAAACCUCCUCUAUCAGCUGCGCUAGUGGAAAGCGCCUUCCCCGCUAUGGUGCACUGUGUCCUGCGUUCUGAUGACAAUGCUGUCAUGGUAUCAGGUGGUGAAUGCUUAAGAGCUUUUAUAUUUGUUUCCCCCGAACAGAUUUGCUCAUAUAAAAAUGGAGAAGGUCUCAAUUUCAUUAUGCAACUGACCACUAUGUUACUUAAUCCAAUGAAUAACGAAAUGACCGCUGGUCAGGUGGACCGUUUGGUUAUAACCAUCAUCACCAAAAUGGGUAAUAUGCUUGGUGAGAAUGUGGAUCUUCUUUUGAAGGCUGUAAUCAGUAAAAUGCAACUUGCCGAAUGUCUAAAAGUUAUAAUGAGUUUGGUGGUAAUAUUUGCGCAUCUCUUUUUAACUCAAAUGGAUGCAGUACUGAAUUUCUUAUCAACUGUACCCGGACCCACUGGCGAACCAGCUAUGCAAUUUGUAUUCAGCAAUUGGUUGGCAAAACAAACUUCCUUCUUUGGCACUUUUGAGCGAAAGGUGACGACAAUGGCGCUCUGCAAGCUGUUUGAAUACGGUGUAACCACACAAGAUACGCGUCUAACUUCAAUUACUGUUAAGGAGCAAGUUAUAACUGAUUCGACCAGCCCACGCGUAAAAACACGUUCACAAGCAGCAGCUGCCCAACAGUGGGUUACAAUUCCUGCUUUGGUCAAAAUAUUUAAACUACUCAUAAAUGAGCUGGCUCAUUUGAAAGAAGCAAAUCUAGCCGAUUGCGAAGAGGACUCAGAUGAAGAUGAUGAUCCUUCUAGUGGCGCCGCCGGUGAUAAACCGUCUGGAAAUUCACCACCAAAACCACGUUUUAUCUCCGACUUGUAUUUCAAUGAGGAUGAUGAUGAAAACACCGACGAAGAUCAACUUACGCAAGAACUUAUGAAGAACCCGCUGUUCCAAACAAAUAUGGAGGAGAACCUUACAAAAUUCCUACAACACUUCUCCAGUAAUGAACAUUUCGCUAUGUUCGUGAGCCAUCUUAAUAAUGCUGAGAAGCAAGUGCUCAAGUCUAUACAAGUCGAUGUGGCAUAAAGAGCAGACGCUUCAUCCUAUUUUCUCAUUCAUCACGAGCUAAAAGAAAACACUCAUACUCUGCAUAUUUUUAUACAAACAUUUAUUACGAAAAACUAUUAUAUUUAUAAACUGCAAUACUAUUUGUAUUAGUGGAUGUUAAAAUAUUUUUGAUAUGAAUUGUUUAUAUGAAUAAUUAGUCUCAACGUUAAAUUCUAUGUUUACAUUAUUUAAAAUGUCUUUUCGUAUAUGGCGGAAUACGAUAACACUUAACUACUGGAUUAGUCUGUGAAUUUGUAUUGUUAAGAAAAUAAAAGGCAAUUAAGAGUCAAAAAA